UUAAUAUUCAGAGUGAAAAAAAGCGAGGCCACAACUGAAAGAGCGAUAGAUAAUCUCCUCUUCCCCUUGUUUCUGCAGCAGUGUUUGAUCUUCUCUCUCUUUCUCCCCCCCUCUGUAGCUCCCCGCUUCUCUGAAUCCCUUUCUGUCGUCGUCUGUCUUUCAACUACUUAUUUUGGGGUUUGUUUUUAAACUGAAUUUAAUCCAAAAGAGGAAGCAAACUCACGAGGGUGUUUUUGAAAGUCAGGUGAUUCAGAAUAGAGAUCCAGGAUUUUUUUCUCCUGUUUGUGUAAAGUUUUUGUUUUGAUUUGAUCAGAAAUCAGAACAACUGAGAGGGUUAUUUUUCUUCCCUCUGGUUGAUUUUGGUGACCUCUUUGGCUCUUUGUUUGUGCCAAAAAAAAAAAAAAAAAUCGUUUGGUUUUUCUUGUUUUCUCCGAGUACCUGUUCUUUAAUUUUGGUAAGAAACAGGUUGGCUUUGACAAGGUUUUUCAGAUUUUAUUUUCUUCCAAUUUGUUUUUGUAGUCGAAGUAUUGUUUUUUUCCUCGACUUUGUUGGGAAGGCAUGGCAGCGGCAAUAGAUAUAUACAGUAGCAGCAGGACAGUCUUCUCAGAAAGAGAAGAACUUAUGAAAGCACUUGAACCUUUUAUGAAAGGUGCUUCAUCAACCUCUUCUUUAACUUCUCCUUAUCCUUAUCCCUCGACUUCAUCUCUCUCUCCUCCUUCUACUUCUUCUUCUUCUCUUCCCUUCUUCUCUUAUCCUCCAGACUCUACACAGCCCAACAUGUACCCUGAUUUUUGCUCGACAUCGACAACCCACAUGUUUUCUCAAGGGUUCUCAGGUUACGACCAAAUGGGUCUUGAGCAAACAGGUUCAAUCGGGCUAAACCACAUCACCCCAGCUCAGAUUCUCCAAAUUCAAGCCCAAAUCCAGUUCCAACAGCAGCAGCAGCAACGCAUGGCUGCCGUGGCCACAGCUUCAUCCAUCCAGAACCAGAGGCUAAGCCAAUGGCAGCAGCAACAUACCCUAAACUUCCUCGGCCCCAAAGCCAUCCCCAUGAAGCAGGUUGGAACUCCCCCGAAACCAGCUAAGCUCUAUCGAGGAGUGAGACAGCGGCAUUGGGGAAAAUGGGUUGCGGAGAUCAGACUUCCUAAGAACCGUACCCGCCUGUGGCUUGGCACUUUCGAUACUGCAGAAGAAGCGGCUUUGGCCUAUGAUAAGGCCGCUUUUAAGCUCAGGGGAGAGUUCGCCAGGCUAAAUUUCCCAAAUCUCCGGCACCAAGGGUCACUUGUUGCAGGCGAAUUCGGGGACUACAAGCCUCUCCACUCCUCAGUGGAUGCGAAGCUUCAAGCCAUUUGCCAAAACUUGGCUAUUUCGCAGAAACAGGGGAAUUCAGGGAAGCCUGGCCUAGUCUCCGAUGCAAAGAUUGAAAGUUCCACCCGUCAGGCGGAAAUGGUCUUGGAUAAUUCAUCGGAUCCCGAAUCGGGGUUUCUGGGUUUGGAGGAUUGUAAGGUGGAGAUCUCAUCAUCAUCGGCAUCCCCUUCUCCAUCCGAUGAAUCAUCUGCGGGUUCAUCAUCGCCUGAAUCAGAUAUUUCCUUCUUGGAUUUCACUGAUUCACAGUGGAAUGACUCGGAGUGCUUGACGUUGGAGAAGUUUCCUUCUGUGGAGAUUGAUUGGGCAUCCAUCUAGACUUAAAUCACAUUGUAAUCUCUGUUUUUAGUCCUUUUUUAAUUUGGCCUUUUCCAGGGUAGUUCCUCGGUUGUUUAGUUUAGGUUUCAGUUGGUGGCCCAAGUAGUAGCCUCUGCAAUGGGUUUUUUGACAUUGACAGGGGUGCUGUUGAGUCAGUCAGGUGUUGUUAAUGUAUAUGUAAGAUAUCUCCAUCUUGGUCUGCCGGUAUUUUUUCUUGGCCGACCGUGGAGAAUUCCUAGUUAUGUUUCGGUUUUCUAUUUUGUAGGCCAGUGUAAUUAAAGUAUCUUUGAAUAUGUAAUGCAUAAGCACUUUCUGUGUCUUGUACAAAAACAUGGUGAAACAUGAUCUGGUGUUUGGUCCCUUUUC